AUGGGCCCUUCUACCUUCAGUGACGACCUUCCUACAUCCCUGGCGGACCUGCUUUCCAACACCUUGAUCCUGCGCCAAACUGCCCCGUACCUGCCAAUAUCUGCUCUCCGUAACCUGUCGCGAACUUGCAAAUCCCUACACCAUGUUGUCUUCCAGUCGCCAGAGGCCUUUCGCUACUUGGAUCUCUCUCCGGUGAAGUCUGCUAUUGUACCCUUCGAUGGGCCUGUUGAUAUCAGCGGUACCAGUUUCCGUGCUGAGCGCAUGGACGAAGCCCUCACCGAAGAUGACUUCUACAGCGGCCCUCUACGUCAUAUCUUCAACAGACUUGAGAAGCUGCACGUCUUGCGCAAUGUCCACACACUCGUACUAGACGGGCUCAGCGUAACAGCCGAACUGGUCAAGGAACUGCUUACUGAGGAACGCUUCAACGUCCGCAUACUCUCGAUUCGCGAAGCCAAACAUUUGAACGAGAGGAAGCUUCAGCAAUACCUGCGAUAUGCGGUCCGACCGUCCAGGCCUGCGGGCACCCCUCGAGUCAAAGGCAUCUACAUCUUUGGCACCCGCGAUCGAACACCGCGCCCUGCGUCGCCCGUCACGAAGAAGCCUUCCCCACAUAUUCCCAAGGGCGUGACGACUUCACAAGGGGCGCAGAUAGGGGCGCAAUGGAACGAGAAGUCGCAGCAGGCCUUGGAAGCUGUACUGGCGCGGACCGAGGACAAGUGGUACCAGUCUUCUGGCAAGAUCAUACCUAAGCGGCCGUCGCCGGAAUGGGCAGAGAUUCUCCAGGCGUGCGAAGGCAUCAUCGCUUUCGACGCCGUUCUGUGCAGAGGACCACGCCAUGACCCAAGCAAGGCGUACGUCAGAGACGCGACUGCAGAUGGCGCACCCCAUCCAUCCUCGUUCCUGCGGCCUACAGUAGCCACUGUAGCGCUAGGUCCGUCUGGCUGCGAGACAUGCCACUCCUCUCCAGAAGGCCCGGCAGUGUUUGGCGACUCCAGUCCGUCGCAUCAUCCGCUACUCAGUCCGGUACCACUUCAUGGGUCCUCCGUACGCGCCGCGCAGAUACCACACACUCUCGACGGAUCCGCCCCUCCACCUCUCAUAGUGCGAUGCGAGGACUGCCUGAAAGGACGCUGGUGCGAGAGAUGUCACAAAUGGUGGGAUGAGAACUGCUACACUGGAUCGGUUACCGCCCAGCGUACGGAGCUACAGCAGACGGAGCUCACCGAGAGCUUCAAACCCGACGGGACCAGUCAACUGCUCCCCAAGCAAACCAUCAAGGUACAUAUGGGCCUCUGCGUGGAACACUGCCUCCGUGAGGAAAUGAUGGCCGGAGCCGGUAGCGACGGGAUAGUACGGGCUUGUCUACCCCAAGUCCGGAAGUUGAUGAAAAUCACCGGAUGUCCUUCUAUCUCCAUCGGCAUCCUCCACGAAGGCGAGAUCAUCCUCCAGCACAGCCAAGGAUUCGCUGAUGGGAACGAAAAUUAUGUCCCGGUCAACAAUUCAACUCUCUACAUGAUCGGAUCACUCACUAAGGCCUUCAUCGCCGCGUCCUGUGGUAUACUCGUCGACGAGGGCAAACUGAGCUGGACCGAACCGCUAUCCACAUACAUACCCUUUACCCAGAACAAAGAUCCUGCCAUAGGCAAACACAUGAGUCUAUCAGAAGCCCUCUCUCAUUCCAGCGGAUUUCCACAGCUCGACAUCGCGUGGUAUGGCGCAGCAGGCGCAGAACUGCUUCUUCCAGAAGAUUUAUUACAUAUCACUGCCAACAUGCCAGUUCACGACACAUUUCGCACCGGAUUCCAUUACUCCAACUGGCCUUACGCUCUGGUGGGUAAAGUGAUUAAAGCGGUAGGCGGCGAGGAUGCCGUGGAUGGCUGGGGAGGGUUCGUCAAGAAGAGAAUCUUUGAGCCUCUCGGAAUGAGUAGAUCGACGUGUUCUCGAUGGAAAGUCGAGGGUGGAAAUCUGGCUGAGGGGCAUACGGUCUUGCACGACAGGCGACCAGUACGUUUACGAAUGCCUCAAGUUUCAGACAAGACUAUUUGUGGAGCUGCAAUGGCGAUUUGGUCGAACGUUCCGGAAAUGCUCAUCUGGUCGCAAGCAGUAAUGGAACGGUUGGAAGAGGAGGAGACGGAGAAGGGCACCAUUGAGGCCAUGCAGGGAUUGAGUCUCAACACGGAACAAGGCGAAGCAGUACACCACAACGACCAUACGGACGCGCAAAGCACAUCGGCAAACCCGCUAAGGCGAAUCAGCCAGAUCACGUCUCGCAAGAUACCCGUUACGGACGAUACCACCAACGAGAACUCGUACGCAUUUGGAUGGGCAAGACACAUGAUUCCCUCGACACAACUUGGGUGGUUGUCUACCAACGGCCCAAAUAGAGACGAUGUCAUCGGGCGAGGAUCGCGGCCGCAGCUGACACUAUACCACGGAGGCCAGGUGACCGGAUAUCUCAACUCCAUCUAUCUCUUUCCGGAGACCAAAUCCGCUGUGGUCGUCCUGACCAACGCGCAGAGUGCUGGAGACUGCUCUGAUCUCGUUGCUCAGAUGUUCAUCCAAUCACUCUUCAAUAUGACCCCGGAAGUGGAUUUCGGUAUGAGGGCGGAGAAGCUAUCUACCAGUAGUCUGAACCGAUAUACCGAGAUGAAAAACGAUCUGCAGAAGAACCGCAUGUUAAAUACGCCAUGUCCCCAUCUCGAAAGCCUUGAGGGGACGUACCGGAACAAUGACAUACAGGGGAUUAUUGAUGUAUACAAGCUUUUUACCUGGAUCGAGCGACGAGAUGGAGACAAGAUGCCUGGUGGAUUACUCGAGCUACGAGCAAUUUCUCCUGGUAUUCGUACGCAAUGA